AUGCAGUACGAGUCGGAGUUUCGGUUCGACAUGGACGACAGCUUUAGCCUGUGCAGCCAGCCCAUGUCAUGCCCCUCGACCACAACAAGCUUCUCUUCCGCCUCAUCAGCUUACGACCCUUUCACUCCUACAUCACGACGCUCAACUCCCCAUGAAUUCGGCAACAUGGAAUUUGACGGCCCUUACAGCUCAGCCUCUCAUCGAGCUGAGUUGACACCUCCCUCUUCAGCAAUGGGAAAGUACAUGUUUGGUCCUAUCAAGUCUGAACCUGAGCACAUGUCAUUCCCUGACACCCUCCCCAACACUCCCAUGAAGCGGGAGCAACUUGGUUUCGAAUAUGACCAGAUGAUUGAUAUGAACAUGGCUCACCAUGGAUCAAUGGGAUCAUUGACACCAUCAAACUCUUUUGGCGUGUAUGGCUACUCGCCCGAGGCCUCUAUCGGAGCUACAUCUUUCAUGAUGACACCAACCCAAAGUCUCUCUGGAUCCGAGGCUGCUGAGACCGGCUCGUCUUGGUCAUGUGCCAACGACAGCCCAAUCUUCUCUUUCCCCAGCCGACAGCUUUUCAGUGACUCUGAGCCCUUUGACUUUGACCGACACUCCCAGUCUCCUCUCGGAUACCCCCUGCAUGAGAUCAACUCGCCCAACCGUAUACGAGCUCAGAGAAAGAUGGUACACGACAUUCAGCAAAAGACCAAUGAGCUGCAGCGAGCCCAGAUUCGAUCAUCAAGGAAGCGAUCUGUCAAGCCUGAUCCUUCACAAGUUGACGUUGUCCGAAGAGCUAUGUGCAAGUGCGACUAUCCUGGCUGCCACAAGGCCUUCCGACGAAAUGAGCAUCUUAAGCGUCACAAGCAAACUUAUCACGGGGAAGGACCCAAUCGUUUCUCCUGCGAGUUCUGUGGAAAGGACCAGUUCAACCGUCAAGACAAUCUCAACAACCACCGCAAGUUACACGCACGACCCAACAGCCGCAACCGUGGCGUUGAGUUCAUUCCUGCUGCGGUCCCAAUUAUUGAGCAAGAGGAGCGAAGCAGGAAGCGACGAGCACCUUCCAAGUCCAAGACUGCCGAGAAGCACGGCUCGGACUAUUGA